GGCGUCAGACUUAUAUUAAGUGUUUUCUUUUAUCAGAAUCACUACGAAAAUAUUUCUUUUGUAUACAGUUGUUCGCUUGCUUUCCAGAUUCUCACAGUAACUCAAAAUCGGCUCCAGAAUAAGAAGCAUGUUAAUAUCACUAUUCUUGUCGGGAUUUAUUUUAUUCUAUGUGGCGGGCCAAAGGGCUGAAAACGUAUUUUUGAAAUGUUGUGCCGAAGAUGGCAGAAUGGUGUCGGAAAACUUUUUGUACAUGUGUAAUCUUAAUCGUUUCAACAAUACAAACGAAACGGCACUAUCGAAGAUUAGUGAAUCCUUUUGUGUAGAUACUUUCGGCGGAGAUUUUUAUGCAUUUGAGAAAACUUCCUUGAAUCUAUUUAGAAAGUUAUUUGCUCUUUCUCGGAAACUAGACCCGAAGUUAAAUCGCAAGUGUUGCCCACUGGGGUUUGUGUAUAAUACAGUGUACCAUUCAUGUGAAGAAAACCUGCUCUAUGCGAAAAAUUUGACCAGUUCCAGAUAUGUUCGCAUCGGUCUACCAGACUGCAAAAUUAUUCAGGAUAUAAAGAGUCAUACCUCAACCUCCAACUUGGGCAAUAUUUCAGUUGAGGAUUACUGUACUGAUAGAACUGAGGAUGGGACUGAACUCGUUCGAAUAUGCACAAGCGAUUUCCAAAUAUGCAAAUUUGCACAAUGUGUCCACAAGUGUUGUCCGGAUGGUUUCAGCUUUGUGAAUGGAUCUCAUUGUCAUCCAACGUUUAUUCAUGGCCUCGAUUUGAAUUUUUCAGAGUCUAUACAGCGUAACGAUGAUGUCGCAAUUGUGCAUGGCUACAUGGGUCAAAUUUAUUUGCAGCCAAUGGAGUGGACGUACCAUUUAGAUUCCAAAGGCAUUUUCCACGGUGUAGAUGAAAUAAUCGGAAAUCAAAUUUAUGAAGCAACAGAACAAACAUACUGUAUAGAAUUUGCCAUGAAAGAUGGAGUCAAUUUUGGACAUCGACUUUUCAGAAUAUUUCCCGAAACGGAGAUCGAAGAAAAGUAUGUUAUUAAUGGAUACGUGAUGAUAAUUUCAAGCAUUUUUCUUUUGCUAACGAUCAUUUUUUAUGUGUGUUCGGGAGAAACAAAAAAACUAUUUGGCAAGACUUUGGUUAGUUUCUGCGUAUGUUUGUUCGUGAUGUUUUUAAUAUUGAUUUAUAGCACUUUCUAUAUGGAGAAAGUGAAAGAAGAUAUUACUGUUUGCCACAUAUUUGUACGGUUGGGGAUUAUCUUUAUUAUUGACAAUAAUACCCUUAACCCUUUCUUUCAUGGAUGUUUUACCGGACCCUUUUGCUAUCAAUAUGGGAAUAUCCAGAUGUGCAAUAGAGAGAGAUCAGAGUUAUGCGGACCUGGUAUUUAGAACCAUACCGGUUGCUGUUAUACAGUUAGUAAAUCUGUUCUUGUUUUACAAAACUGUAAAAUACUGCAUCCAGAUCAAAAACGAAAUUAAAAGAAUGAACGAGACGAAUAAUCAAAGCAAGAAGUUUUUGAUCAACAAAGAAAGGUUUAUUUUAGUAGCCAAACUAUCUGUAAUAAUGGGAAUAUCGUACGUGUUUGAAGUCGCAUCUUCGUUUUGCGAUUUUAGUCAAACAGAACCAACCAAAUAUUUAGAAAUUGUGUGGGAUAUUAUAAAUUGUUUACAAGGUGUUUUUAUUUUCAUUAUUUUUGUCUGCAAAAGAAAAAUACUUGAAAAAUUUGCUUCCCACAUUAGAAUUUUGAAACUGCGAAAAAUAUCAAUUUCAUCAGGAGCCACAUUGACCACCAACUUGUCUUUGGAUAAAGAUAAAAACGUUAAGUUGGGCGCAUAAUGGAUAAUGCAAUUAAGUUAAUGCCAGUCUUAAGGAAAGUUGUAAGGGCAAAUCUUACCUGUCUCUAUCUAUAGUUAUGACUACAACUUUAAUUGUUAUUUUUAAGUGAGCAUUAUUGAUAAAAAAUACUAAAUAUACAAAGUAUUCUAUAAAACAUUUGAUCAUAAAUAUACAGGGUGCCCGGUAAGCAGAUAAUUAAAAGAGUUCUGCUAGAUCAUUUGGCUGAAAAGAUUUUACCUAAACUAUAUUAAGAAAAAAAUGUCUGGCUCCUCCGCUAAUGAUUAGGCAAAGUUCUUUAAAAAAAUGUUUUUUAAAACACCUCUAAAAUGAUUUAAUGAAACUUAAACUAAAUAAGACUCAAAUUUUGACGAUGUAACCGAAUUCAUCCGCUUUGGCCAAGUGAUGAAUUCUUAAGGGUCUUGGUCUCGAAAACUACUAGAACUUUUUGUUUCGUCGCUGGGAGUAAUUUUUUUGCUUGGAUGGACUAGUUUUUGCUGAUAUUUUUCUGGCCUUUGUAAAAUCCGGUAGUUUUCACAGUUUUUGCGAAAAAAAGGUUUUUCUCACCAAUUAACAAAUUUAGAGAUUCAUUAUUUUUUUGCUUAAACAAACCUUAAAUUAAGUUUGUUUUUGUAAUAUGGGGAAAGUUUUUAUAUGAAUUUUAAUAAAACUUAAUAAGUCUGAACUGAAACGCUUCCAAAGAACGACCGGCCUAAGACCUUGACCAUGUUGGUAUAAUGUAAGUUAACAAUUAUAAAACGUUUAAAAUUAAUUCAUAAUAAAAUAAUAUUGCUCAUUCUGUAUCCCGAGUUCAUGAAUGUUACUCCUUUUAUGAUUUUGUCCAUCAGGAGGUUGAAUAAAAAUGGACUAAAUAGAUUGGAUGCCUGUUGUAAUAUUCUCCCGCUUUGAUUUGCAUUCUGUUAGUAGUGGUAAGGUGAAUACCGUUGUUACUAUGUUAGCAGGGACUUCUUUUUCCUUUAGGAAUUGUAUCUCAUCUUCCAGACAGACUCUGUCAAAUGCCUUAGCAAGAUCGAUGAAGCAAAUAAAUGCUCUAGUGUUUUUUCCUUUUUUUGCUUGAUAAUAAAUAUGACAUGGGUUGUUGAUCUAUUCUUUUUGAA